ACUGUUAGGAUGUAAACCUAAACAAGCAUCAUGAUGCCAUUCAGAACAGCAAAGGGAAAGUACCAUUGGCCAGGAUGGCAGAACACAAGACAUUAAGAUGAACAGGCCAAUCCAAGUGAAGCCAGCAGACAGCGAGAGUAGAGGAGAAGACAGAAAACUGUUUGUGGGGAUGCUAAACAAGCAGCAGUGUGAGGAUGACGUGCGGCGCCUCUUUGAGUCCUUCGGUAGCAUCGAGGAGUGCACCAUUCUUAGGGGUCCUGAUGGAAACAGCAAAGGUUGUGCAUUUGUGAAGUAUUCAUCUCAUGCUGAAGCUCAGGCAGCGAUUACUGCUCUCCAUGGGAGCCAGACCAUGCCUGGUGCCUCCUCCAGUCUGGUGGUGAAGUUUGCCGACACUGAUAAGGAGCGCACCAUCCGGCGCAUGCAGCAGAUGGCUGGUCAGAUGGGCAUCUUUAACCCCAUGGCCCUGCAGUUCGGCGCCUACGGAGCCUACGCGCAGGCAAGACCUCUCUCACACACGAGUAGCCUGCAUGCAUCUGCUACAGGCGGCUACCUGAGCCCCAUGGCUGCGUUUGCUGCGGCUCAGAUGCAGCACAUGGCCACCAUCAACGGUCUGCCAGGAGCCCCUAUGACCCCCACGUCAGGUGGUAGUACUCCUCCAGGUAUCACGGCUCCCACGGUGACCAGCAUCCCCUCCCCCAUCAGCGUGAACGGCUUCACCGGCCUCCCUCCACCACAGGCUAACGGUCAGCCCCCUGCCGAGGCCGUCUUCACCAACGGCAUACACCCCUACCCAGUCUUGCAGGAGGUGGUGUUUAGGGAGGACUCGGAGAAGGCUCCCCGCAGCUGUUUUGGGGUGCAGGGCAGCUGUUUCCUGUCCCCACUCUCUGAAGCUCAGAGUCCAACUGCAGCUGAUCCCCUUCAGCAGGCUUAUGCCGGAGUUCAGCAGUAUGCAGCAGCCUACCCAGCAUAUGGUCAGAUCAGCCAGGCCUUUCCCCAGCCUCCUACCCUAAUCCCACAACAGCAGAGAGAAGGGCCAGAAGGCUGCAACCUGUUCAUCUAUCACCUCCCUCAGGAGUUUGGGGAUGGCGAGCUCAUGCAGAUGUUCCUGCCUUUCGGUAAUGUCAUCUCCUCCAAAGUGUUUGUGGAUCGCGCGACAAACCAAAGUAAAUGCUUUGGCUUUGUGAGUUUUGAUAAUCCGGGCAGUGCCCAGGCUGCCAUCCAGUCCAUGAACGGCUUCCAGAUUGGCAUGAAGAGGCUGAAGGUGCAGCUCAAGAGGCCGAAGGACGCCAAUCGCCCAUAUUAGCCCCCACCCCACCCCCCUUCACCACCCCUCCACCCUGGGGGUGGGACUCCACCGCUGUGCACAGGGAACAACAGGUUUUUGUAGAGCUGGACCACACGUUGACAACAUGACAAAAACGUCGUUGACAUCAAAAGAAACAAAAACAAACUAACAAAAAAAGGACCAGAUUUUGCUGGGGAGUUGAGCUUCAGGUGGAGAUGGAGGGCUGACUGCGGAUGUUGAAGAGCCAGCCCCCAGAGUGGAUUCCACAGUUGGGCCACACGGACCGUUCACCAACCCCUCGAGAACAAGGAUGCUUUGGGUCUCGCCAGGACCUUCCCUCUCUCACCAUCUGCCUGGGGAAGACCCAUCUCAUAGGACCAUGGAAUUACCACGUUGAAAAAAUAACUAGAUAUAAUACUGAAGAAAUGAAAAAAGGAAGAACAAAAAGAGUAAGAAGAAACAAAUUAACUUUCAAGAAAACUGAUAAACUGAUAAAGACUUUUAAGGGAAAACGACAUACUCUUGGGGUUUGAGAGAAGAAAAAAAAAACUCUUUUUAACAAUUUUAGAAGAACUUGAAGACUAUGAUAAAAAAUGAGAAACUUUUUGGAGAAAGAAGGAACAUUUUGAAGGAGAUGACGAUUCAGGACACAAACUUUGUUUCGUUUUUUUGGGAUGGCCAUCUUUAUCUUGGAGUGCCUGUCCGUUUCCAGGGGCCACGGUUGCCAGAGCAACAGCAGCAGUCCCCCUGGGAGACUUACCCGUCAUUCCUUAGUUGUUUAGGGACCAAAAGACCAAGCCUUUUUACUGCUAAAAGACUCAUAGCUGUAACAUAUGUCGGACCACUGCAUCUCUUUCGCUGUGCCAAUCAGUUCAAAGAGUUGUAUUUAAAGAAAAAAAAUGUAUAAGUAGACUAUAUAAAUAUAUGUAUAAAACAUACAUAUAUAUAUAUUGCUGAUAUGCUUUUGAAUACUGGCAAAACUAUUUCAGAUGACCCUGUGGAGGGUCACUCACUUCGCUAGUUUACAACUUACUGCUACAAAAAUGAAAAAGUAUUUAUUUUUUUCUCUUCUUGAUUUUUCUUUUUUGUUCCUCCUCCUGACCAGGAGGUGGGGGUGCAUGGGGAGGGUUGUUGCUGUCGCAGCCUUACCUUUUAUAUCUGCACAUCCUAACCUUGUAGUUAAGAAACCACCGCUAAAUGGUUUGAAAUAUACAAACUCCUUUAUAUUUACAGUACAUAUAGAUAUAUAUGUAUAGCGAAAAAAAUCAAGCUAAAAAAUGUAUUCAUAUAUAUACUGACGUGUACAAUAACACUCAUAUAUAUAUGGAUACAUGGAUAUUAAUCCUGAAACCCAUAUAUGUAUUUAUAUGCAUAUAUUUUAUAUAUGUGUGUAUAUAUCUAGAAAAACGGCUAUUCGAUUAGGUAGAGCUGUACUUUUUUGUAGAUUUUAGCUGGAGUUUGAAGCACUGCUCUGCUUGGUCUUAACCCUGGGAAGAGUCACACACCUGGCAGCUCCCACUCAGCAGGCAUUCCUCUCUCUGACGACAACAUAUAUGCCAACGCACACGGGACAAGUGUGUAUAUUAUUACUAUAUAUGUAUAUACCUGUAUAUGCUACUUCAAAGAAAAAAACGCAAAAAGGCCUCUUCCUAUUUAGAAGACUUGAAGAGAGUCAGGCUCGAGAAUCAGGAUAUUUCUCCUUUUUCGACUUCUUUCCUUUCGAGAGAAAAGACUUUACACAAUAUCCUAAGCAUAUCUGCCUCUUUUGCCAAGUAGACUUGACGUACACACAAUAAACACAUACACACACAAAAAACACAGUACACACAGGGUGUCACACACACGGAAAUAAACUUUGAAUGCAUACAGUAUACAUACAAACACACACAUGCAAACACUUACACACGUAAAAACACACACACACACACACACACACAACCCAGUGCUCUUGUAAAAGCUGGAAAUCAGAUGUGACAGUAAUCAUUUGGGUCUCUCCUGGGUGUGCUAAGAUUGUAGGCCGUUCCACACUGUCCUGACAAUGUGACAUGCAAACACUGUGUUCGUCAGCGUCACUAGCAGCCUCCGUUAACUUGAUGUCAAGCCCGCUAUGGCAACGGUCUAGUCCAAACAGAGCUGCAAAAAAAAAUAAAAAAAUAAAAUAAGACAAAAAAAUAAAUAAAUGAUUAAGCCUAAUAGUUAGCUAGCAUCUUAUGUAGGAUAUUCUCUCGCCUGACACUCAAAGCCUUGAGCCUCUUUAUUUUUAGCCAUCGCACAGUUCUAUGGUGACACUGAACACGAACAGGGCAUUAAGUUCCGUUUUUCGGUCACAAAAGGUAUUUACAACAGACUCCACCCAAGCAGUAUUUUCACAGGGGCCGCCCAGGGAGGGAGCCAACUGCUCAUCAACGGACUAUCUUAGAAGCUAAAUUAGCACAUAGCUCCGAAUGAGGAGGUAGUUUGAAAGCUAUGUGCUCGGGUCUACAGGAAGUUCUACAGCAUGAAAUAAGAGGAAGGAUGUAUUGAUAGGGGGGGGGGGUAAAGGUCACGUGGAAUCGAAUCUGACUUUCACUAACCACUGAGUAUUGCCUGCCGCAUGGCUUAGGUGGACCCUAGAGGUUUGCAGGUGUUGCAUGGCUGACUGCUUCCGCGUUACAAAGAAAAAGGGAGGUGUGUGAAGGUCCUGCAAACGACGCUCUAGAUUGUGAAAGAACAGGAUGGCGAGAGGUUUUUAAGCACCUGCAUCUAUCAGCCCCCUCUCAUUGGCUUUCAUCCUGCACUUCCUGACUCACACUUCGCUGCCAGAGUGACAUUGCAGAGACCACCUCCAAGAAUGUCUCACACAUCAUCCAUACCUCACAAGCAUGAUAGGAUCGGUCUCUUUUCUUUCCUUCGUUUUUAACUUUCAAUCCUGUCUCUGACAGUAAUCCAUUUUAUUCUGCCUCUCUGUAUCAUUGCUGAAAUCAUACUUAAGUUCUUCUUGCAAGCAUGUCUCAUUUGGUGGGUUGCAGCCAGUGUAUUUUUAUGAUGUAAAAAUUUUUGGUAUCAUUCUCAAAUUCAGGUUUUACUCUUAAACCCCACGAGUUGCUCUGACUAGAAAGCAUCAUAUUGAAUUUCCCUUUUCACUCCAAACGCUCAACUUUAACCUUGUAAAUAAUGAAACAAGCCCCAACUUACCACAGUAAGCCACAGUUAAGGGUUAUUGGGUUGAAAUAAUUUAAAAGAUUUACCUGUGUAUAUAGUCAACACAUUUUUGGAAGAUGAAUAUAUGUGGUAUACAGGACAAGGCUUCCAUGAUGUCAAUUUUAGCCAGGAAGGAAAGGAAAGACACGCCACUUGCAUUCUUGAUUUUCCUCAGAGUGAGAGCAGCAUUUCUCUGCCCUAUUUGGAAGGACUCUCCACAAUAGGACCGUGAUAUAGCAGCUGAGAAAUGCAGCCCUUGCAUGGCUGUAGCCUACAUCAUGAGACAUGCUCUACUCAAAACAUGCCUCGCAAUUUCUCUUUCAUUUUCUCUUUCUAUUAUCAAACCACCUCCAUCAGUAAUGCUGCAACUGUUUGCAUAAACAGUCCAGAGAAAUAUAAUGGUUAACAGGCAACCAAGAAAUCAGAAGAUGAUUUAUUAUAAAUAUAAAUAUAUAAAUAUAUACAUAAACUGGUGAAUAUACUGUAAAUGUUUCUUUUUUGGGGGGCUCUCUUUUCUUCUGUACAUAGGUUUGCAUAUUUUAUAGGACUUUUCUUCUAUCUAUGAUGACUGGAUGAAAAUGAAUCACUUUAAAUAAUGAAAUAAGACAAAUUAGAAAAAAAAAGAUAAUGCUAUCAAAAAAAAGUGAAAUCUUUUAAAUGAAACCAGGGGAACAUUGAGGCCACAGGUUUGUGAAUAGGGAAGAGGAGAAUAGAUGGAGUGCAGAGGAAGAGAGCACCCAGUUCAAUCAGAUGGAAAUACUUAACAUGCGUUCGUACGCGUUGAGAAACCGUUAUGCCUACAUGCUCUGUUGAUUUCUGUUUAAUUUCUACGGUUGUAUUGUUUUCACAUGUUAAUUUAUUUAUUUUGCCUGGAGUGAGUAUGUAUGUAUGUAUGUAUGUAUGUAUGUAUGUAUGUAUGUAUGAGUGGGAGUAUGUUUUAUUUAUUUUGUUAUUUAUUACAGAUUGAAUUUUUAAUGAGUUUAUGAGUUUGUGCUUUGACAAGGAAGCCAUUUUUUUGGAAAAUAUAUUUUUGAAGAUGUUUUAUAUUAUGAAACAGGCAUUGGUCAGAGGCAGGGUCAUCAUUUCACUGGGGGACGUUCCAUAUGCCCACGUAAUGCUGGUCUUCGUUAUGUUCUGCUCAACUCUGCUGUUCUACUGUCUCUGUGUAGAUCAGAAAUGUGCUGUAACUUUUUUCCCUCCCCACACACACACACACACACACACAUUGCUCCACUCCUAUAAAAAAAGCCUGCCAUUUAGCUUUCAAAAAUUGCAGAUUUUGCUCCAUCAUAUUUUUGUGCUAAACUUACUUCUGAUUUCAAACAAGCCACUGGUCUGACAAGCAGGAACGAAAUAUAAGGACAUGUAGAUUGAUGAGCAAAUAAAUUAAAAUGACACAGAAACAAUCUUUUUUCUUAGCACAGUGAAGGAGGGCAGAGUGUUGUGUGUGGUGUGCCAGCCUAUCAAUCACGGUGAGGCUGGGCGUGGGAUUGGUUCAUCACAAGUGGUACAGGACUUUGAUUGGUCAGAGCGCUUUGCUGCUCCUGCCGUUUCUCCAAUCAGUGCAUUUCUGUGGUCCUCGGACUCUUUUUUUGUAAUUUUACUGAAUGAUGCGUCUCCGCUUAGCCCAAUAAUAAAGCACAGUCUACAAUAAUCCCAA